AUGAAGAAUUGUUUGUUUCUUAUGUGCAAGUUUAAAGGUGUGACAUUGGUUAUCAAGUAUACUGAUGGAUUUAAUUUCAAUGAUUUAGUAUAUAAAUUGUGUGCAAAGUGGAGUGAGUUAGUUGGUAGUUCUUUGAAUAUAUCAUAUUCAAUGCCUGGGCAUUCUUGUUGUGGUCUACAAAGUGAAGAGGAUUUGGAGGUUAUGGUUGGACUUGCACUUUCUUGUGAUAUUCAUCGUAUUGAUGUUUUUGUAAAGUGUUGUUCUAUGGGUGAAGGUUAUAUGAUUUGUGAUGGUGAAGCUAGAUUGGGACAAAGGUUUGCUCAAGGAGUUGUUGAAUUUCGAGAUGCGUUGUCAAAGUAUUCUAUUCAUUCCGGUUUUGAUUUUGAUUUUGUUAAGAAUGAUAAGGAUCGUGUCACUGUUCAUUGUAAGAGAAGGGCUGAUUUGGGAUGUUUAUGGAGCGUGCAUGCUAGAGUGGAAAAUUAUAGCAAAGCUUUUGUUAUUAAACAAUUUGAUGAUGUUCAUACUUGUGGAUCUUUUUUUCGUAUAGUUAAACAUGCUAGGAUGACUUCAAGUAUGAUUGGUGGGCAAAUUUCGAGUGAUAUUCGUAAUAAGACUUUGACAUCGAUUAAUGAGGUGGUUUGUGAUUUCAAGGACUAUUAUGGAACAGAAGUUUCUUAUCAGCGAGUUUGGAUGGGUGUUGAAAAAGCAAGGGGUCUUGUUUUUGGUGACUAUUUAUCAUCAUUUGACGAUCUUCGUUGGUAUGUUGAUGCCGCUGAUGAUUGUAAUCCGGGGAGUGUUUUUUAUGUGGAAUUUGAUGUUGAUAGUAAAGGAAGACAUUUCAAAUGCUUGUUUUUUGCUUUUGAGGCAUGUAUUCAUGGUUUCAAGUAUUGUCGGCCUGUGUUAAUACUUGAUGGAACUUUCUUGAAAGGAAGACACAAAAGUUGUUUAUUAGUUGCUACGGCAAAAGACGAUAACCAAGGUCUAUAUCCGUUAUGUUUUGCCAUUGUUGAUAGUGAAAGUUAUGAUAGUUGGCAUUGGUUCCUGUCAAAGUUAUUUGUUAUUUUGACUCUGGGAAGGGAUAUUGCGUUUGUUAUUGAUCGGGAUGGAAGUUUGCUGAAAGCUUUAGCUGAGGUCUUUCCGUUUUCUUCUCAUUCUUUCUGUCUAAUGCAUUUGAAGACAAACUUGAAGACUUAUUUGUCAGUGAAGAGUCGUGAAUCUAAAGAGUAUUUGCUUACUCUUUUUAGUAGAUGUGCAUAUGCUCCUACUAUUGAGUUGUUUAAUGAGCUAUUUGAAGAAUUUAAGGGUUGUUGUGGUCGUAGUGUUGAGAAGUUUCUUAAGGAUUUGCCUAAUGAGUGUUGGUGUAACGCUUAUUUCAAGGCAAGAGGUAUGGUGAAAUAUGCACAAAUGCUGCAGAAUCUUUAG